AUGUCGAGCACUGCUUGUUCCCAUAUUGGUGGUAGCUUUAUCGUCACUGAACGACGAGAAUCGCUUUCUGUUACAUUGCCUGCCAAACAUCACAUCGUCUUGACAGAGUUUAACUCUUCUAGCACAUUCACGGCAAACCUGGCUGGUAGAUUUCCCAGAGAGAAUGAAGAGACUCGUAUUGCGAAUUCUGAAAUCCGAGUCGGUUUGUCAGAAGAUAUUUCCCGAAAUACUCAAUGUGGUGAUAUAAUAACUGAAAGCCAGACAAGUCAGGCUAACAUUUAUUUCCAAUGUAGUCCUGAAAUAGUUGGGCGUUAUGUUAGUAUGCAGCUUGUAGACAAAUCCGAAUACCUCAACUUUUGUGAAAUGCAGGUUAUGGCAGCAGAAUACCAAAUAAAGCUAUCGAAUGUGGCAAUUGGUAAGACAGCAACGCAAAGUAGUGAUUGGUCCUCAUCGUUCCCUGCAAGCAAUGCUGUGGAUGGUAAUACCGCCACAAACUGGGGUAGUGGUAGCUGUACCAGUACUAAGAAAGAACACGGUGCCUGGUGGAAAGUGGAUCUCGGUGCAAAAUACUUUGUAUAUGAAGUAAUUGUUACUAAUCGCAAAGACUGCUGUGAAAAUCGUAUUGUGAAUUCUGAAAUCCGAGUGGGUUUGUCAGAAGAUAUUUCCCGAAAUACUCAAUGUGGUGAUAUAAUAACUGAAAGCCAAACCAGUCAGGCUAACAUUUAUUUCGAAUGUAGCGGUCCAAUAGUUGGGCGUUAUGUUAGUAUGCAGCUUGUAGACAAAUCUGAACUUCUCAACUUUUGUGAAAUGCAGGUCAUGGCAGUAGAAUACCAACCAAUACUGGAGAAUGUGGCAAUUGGUAAGACAGCAACGCAAAGUAGUGAUUGGUCAGCAUCUUUUCCGGCAAGCAAUGCUGUGGAUGGUAAUACCGCCACAAACUGGGGUAGCGGUAGCUGUACCAGUACUAAGAAAGAACUAGGUGCAUGGUGGAAAGUUGAUCUUGGUGCAAAAUAUCUUGUAUAUGAAGUAAUUGUUACUAAUCGCCGAGACUGCUGCGCGAAUCGUAUUGUGAAUUCUGAAAUCCGAGUCGGUUUGUCAGAAGAUAUUUCCCGAAAUACUCAAUGUGGUGAUAUAAUAACUGAAAGCCAAACAAGUCAGUCUAACAUUUAUUUCGAAUGUACCAAUCCAAUAAUUGGGCGUUAUGUUAGUAUGCAACUUGUAGACAAAUCUGAAUACCUCAACUUUUGUGAAAUGCGGGUUAUGGCAGAAGAAUACCAACCAAUACUAGCGAAUGUGGCAAUUGGUAAGACAGCAACGCAAAGUAGUGAUUGGUCACCAUCUUUCCCGGCAAGCAAUGCCGUGGAUGGUAAUACCAACACAAACUGGGGUAGUGGUAGCUGUACCAGUACUCAGAAAGAACACGGUGCCUGGUGGAAAGUGGAUCUCGGUGCAAAAUACUUUGUGUAUGAAGUAAUUGUUACUAAUCGCAAAGACUGCUGUGAAAAUCGUAUUGCGAAUUCUGAAAUCCGAGUGGGUUUGUCAGAAGAUAUUUCCCGAAAUACUCAAUGUGGUGAUAUAAUAACUGAAAGCCAAACCAGUCAGUCUAACAUUUAUUUCGAAUGUAGCGGUCCAAUAGUUGGGCGUUAUGUUAGUAUGCAGCUUGUAGACAAAUCUGAAUACCUCAACUUUUGUGAAAUGAGGGUCAUGGCAGAAGAAUACCAACCAAUACUAGCGAAUGUGGCAAUUGGGAAGACAGCAACUCAAAGUAGUGAUUGGUCCCCAUCUUUCCCGGCAAGCAAUGCUGUGGAUGGUAAUACCGCCACGAGCUGGAGAAGUGGUAGCUGUACAAGUACUAAGAAAGAAAAAGGUGCCUGGUGGAAAGUUGAUCUUGGUGCAAAAUAUCUUGUAUAUGAAGUAAUUGUUACUAAUCGCCGAGACUGCUGCGCGAAUCGUAUUGUGAAUUCUGAAAUCCGAGUCGGUUUGUCAGAAGAUAUUUCCCGAAAUACUCAAUGUGGUGAUAUAAUAACUGAAAGCCAAACCAGUCAGUCUAACAUUUAUUUCGAAUGUAGCUGUCCAAUAGUUGGGCGAUAUGUUAGUAUGCAGCUUGUAGACAAAUCCGAAUACCUCAACUUUUGUGAAAUGAGGGUUAUGGCAGAAGAAUACCAACCAAUACUGGAGAAUGUGGCAAUUGGGAAGACAGCAACGCAAAGUAGUGAUUGGUCAGCAUCUUUCCCGGCAAGCAAUGCUGUGGAUGGUAAUAUCAACACAAACUGGGGUAGUGGUAGUUGUACCAGUACUCAGGAAGAAGAAGGUGCCUGGUGGAAAGUCGAUCUCGGUGCAAACUACCUUGUGUAUGAAGUUAUUGUUACUAAUCGCCAAGACUGCUGUAAAACUCGUAUUGCGAAUUCUGAAAUCCGAGUCGGCUUGUCAGAAGAUAUUUUCCGAAAUAUUCAAUGUGGUGAUAUAAUAACUGAAAGCCAAACAAGUCAGUCUAACAUUUAUUUCCAAUGUACCAAUCCAAUAAUUGGGCGUUAUGUUAGUAUGCAACUUGUAGACAAAUCUGAAUACCUCAACUUUUGUGAAAUGAGGGUCAUGGCAGAAGGUAAGAAACAAACACCAUAUAUUACCUUAAAACUAAUUUUGCUGCUGUUGUUCUUCUUCUGCAGACCAUUUCACGAGAAAAAAUAA